CACACGCUCGCCCUUUUUAUUUUUUCUACACGCACACACGCUCGCAACAAUGGUCGAAAUUGACUCGCUUCUGCACGCCGGCUACCACAACCCGGUCCAGCGGCCGUGGCAGGUCGAGCGCACGCUGACCAAGGGCACAUUCAUGUACCCGAUUUUUAUUACCGACGAAGAUGAUGCGCUCAUCCCCAUUGCAUCUAUGCCGAACCAGUACCGCAUCGGCAUCAACCAGCUCGAGGCGUUCAUCGUGCCGCUGUUUGCCAAGGGGCUGCGCGCAGUCAUGCUGUUCGGUGUGCCCAACGACUCCGUCAAGGACGAGUUCGGCACCGCUGCCGAUUCCCCAAAUGGGCCUGUCAUCCAGGCAAUCAAGCUGCUUAAGAGCAAGUUUUCUGGGCUGCUGGUCUCCUGCGAUGUAUGCCUGUGCGAAUACACCUCCCACGGGCACUGCGGGUACCUGAACGCCGACCACACCAUUGACAACACCGCCAGCGUCAAGCGCAUUGCCGAGGUUGCAGUCAACUACGCCAAAGCCGGCGCCGACAACGUUGCGCCGUCAGACAUGAUGGACGGCCGCAUGCGCGCCAUCAAGCAGGGUCUCCUGGACGCCGGUCUCAGCCAUCGUGUUUCGCUGAUGGCGUACAGCGCAAAAUACGCGUCGGCGCUCUAUGGCCCAUUCCGCGACGCCGCGUGCUCAGGCGCCCAGUUUGGCGACCGAUCGGCUUACCAGCUGCCACCUGGCUCGCGCGGCCUUGGUCGGCGUGCGAUUGAGCGCGAUAUGCGCGAGGGUGCUGACAUAAUCAUGGUGAAGCCUGCCAUGUUCUACCUGGAUAUUAUCCGUGACGCAAAGGAGCUGGCCCCUGAUCAUCCAAUUGCUGCGUACCAGGUCUCUGGCGAGUAUGCCAUGAUUCACCACGCGGCCACCGCCGGUGUUUUUGAUCUGAAGACGGCCGUGCUCGAGUCCAUGACCAGUCUCCAGCGUGCCGGCUGCAACCUCAUUCUCACAUACUUCACACCCGAGCUGCUGGAGUGGCUGGACUAAAUUGCCCAGAGCUUUCAAACUUUAAUCCACCCAAAUUAUUACUGCUGAUCAGAUUACACGUGAUUACCUGACCAUAAAUUUUCUUUUGUGAUGAAUGCACGAUCCAUGUUUAUAUUCGCAGCAGUGAGAUUUUUUUGCAACAACACCGCUGAAUG